AACGCUAGUUCGCAGAGAUCUCAAACAUGUCAGCCCCACAGUCGAUAAAUAAACAACUAAAAUAAUUUGCUGAUAAUAAAAUGGCAUCAAUUUUACAGAAUGCAGCAGUAUCUGCUGUAACAAAAGGUCUACCAAGCUCAUAUUAUACAAGAGACGAUCGACCAAAUCCAGUUUUUCAAGCUUUAGAUCAAGAAAUAAAUUUGUUUACAAGUCAGUUUAAAAAAGAUGGAACUUCCAGGCUAAUCAGAAACGAAGGCGACGAGUCUAAGAAAAAGCUAGCUGGUUCGUUGUUUGAAAUCUGGAAUAAAUAUGAACCCAGACUUCCAGUUACAUACUUUCAAGAAAAACUUCUGGAUAUUGGUGACUAUUUGCUUAGCAUAAAGGAGUACAAAUUAGCAUUGUGGCAGUGCUAUGAAAAGUAUUUAAAAGGUUUUGCAAACAUAAACAUUGGAGAUACUGUGGAUGUUGAUACAUUUACACAUAUUUAUGUCCCUGAUGGAUUGAAGGCAGACAGUGUUUCUCUGACAUUCAGAGCUCUGCUGGGUAAAAGUAUUUGUGUCUUCCACUUGACAACACUGAGUGAUCCAAGGCUAAUCAAACAGCAGUCUUUUGAAAAAUGCCUUCAAGUGUUAUCUUUUCUGAGGCUCAUCACACAAGUCAUGCUUCCCAGAGAAUCACUGUGUUGGCUUGUGUACAAUGGUAUUAUUCACAUUUACACUGUUGCUCGAUAUCUCAUGCCUCUUGGAUUUUCGGCAAAGGUUUUGGAAUAUCUUCUAUGGGCCUCAAUUACCAUGGAGUCCUCAGUACCUUUACUGACUGUAAAAUAUUUAGCAUGGAGGACAACUCUGUACGCUGCCGUCUGCCAGUGUUACUAUGACUGCAAAGCAGAUGAUCAAGCUGAGAAAUUCGCCAAAAGAGGCUUGUUGAAGAUCAAUGAAAUUAGUCAGCUUGAAACAUUAAGUUGCCACAAAAGUUCACCUUCGAAAGAAAUAAGUUUGAGAUCUGCAACACUUAGGAUGGCUGUUAUUGUGUUUAAAAGAUCAGUAUUUGAGUCUAGAAGGAAACCUAAAGGAGUUUUUAGGCCAAGAUCUAGGUCAAAUCUAAAGGAAGUUAUCAAUCUUCCCUGGCCGAGAACACCCACUGAAAAGUUGCUUGGUGAGUUGUUUGAUGGCGGUUCAGCUCAGUUUUUGGCCAUUUUAGAAUCACUCAGCAACAGUAAUCGUCGUCUAUUUCACCCAUCGCCUGCUGCUUCAGACAGUGACCCUGAAAUACUGGAUGUCUUUGCUGAGCUGCUGAUGGCUGCCCAGGAAAUAUUAGCAGGUGGUGCAGGCAACAAUGAAACUGGCGCCAAGGCUCAGAUGCUGAUAGGCAACUCUCCAUUAGCUACUGUAGUUGACAAAGGAUCACUUGUAGAUAUAGCAACCAGAGGAGGUGAAAGCAUUCCUUUACAAUCUGUGAUCAAGCUGCUGAAACUAACAUACAGCUACGAGCAUUUUGAUGUUUUUGAAAUAUUAUUAGGACCAGUGCUUCAGAAAAUCAAGGAAUGUGGUUCUCAAGAGUUUCUGUGGGAUGAAAGAGUUCUAGAACUGUUAUCUGCAAUGUGCAAACUGCUAAACAGAAAAGGGAGGAGACUACUUGAUGAUGAAAGUGUGAAAACAGGAGUCAAACCUUCAAGUGCAUCAGUGAAAUCAGUGAUUAUGGGAGAUGAGUUACUCCGUGUUGCAGACUGCUUGUUAAACAUAGUUCAGGGCCAGUAUGAGAAAGAUAAAGUGGAAGUUGACAUCGUGGUGGAUGCUGCAUUAUUCCUCUGGAGCAAAUGCAAAGCCGUGUUUCAAAAAUAUCAAACAGGCUCGGUAGACACAGUCAAGUAUUUAAACAGGAUGGACAACCCUAACAAGCUGAGAUUCUCAAAAACCAAUUUGAUAUUUGAGGAGGAGGAUAUAACAAGUUUUAGUAAUUCUGAAAUCAAUGCUGGGUGGACUUAUCUUUUGGAAGUAGCACAUCGAGCCAUCACCUGGAGUAAUAUAAGUCUUAUUGAUCCUGUCUUGACUGCAGAAGUUGUCUUGAGACUGGCUAUGGUUUAUGAGAGCAGUGCCCAGCUUGAGAUUGUAGAUGAAAAAACUCUGAAGGGUUCAAGGACAACAUUGACAGACAUUAUUGAUACUCCAUCCGAGAGUUAUCAGCCCAUUGGAGCUUCAAAUCUAACAUUAUAUGGAUCAAAACGAUCUAACAAAGAGCAGUUACUUCAGGCAAGAGACAUCCUUGACCUUGGACUGAAGACUCUGAGUGAGGCUGCUCAAGCUGUUGCUCUUGAUGAUGGAGAAAGUUUGGCAGAUGUGGAUUGGAUGAAGGAACAUAAUUUUGAAUUGUUUGCAAGUCAACUUACAAAAAGGGAGGAUGAUCAAGAGAGACAGAACUCGCUGAGUGGACAGAAAAUUUCAAAGAAAGCUAUGUGGAAUACUGUCAAAGAUCUGUUUUUAGAACUUACAAUAAUGUAUCACAGAGUUUGCUUGAAAUUAUCUGCCCCUAAAUCAGUCAAAGACAGAGCAAGUGCUGGAAAGAACAAGAGUGCAGUCCUGAAGGAGGAGACAGAUGGCAACAUCAAAGACUUGGAUGAAUUAAGUAGCCAGUGUAACAAAAAUCUACUGUCCAAGGCUUUGCUCUAUGCACAAAAAUCUGUACAUUUGGCAGGAGAUCAAUCAGCAACUCAGGAGCAGAGGAAACUCCUAGAAGAAGCCAUCAAUUAUGUCCAGAGAGUUCAGAAAGAAGAGAAAAAAAUUUACUCUGAAAAUACUCAGGUGAAUGAGAAUGAUGUCAAGCCUUCUAAGUUACCUCCCCCUCCUGUUUUAUUGUUUCGUUCUGCCACUUGCAUGGAAUUCAAGCCUGCACCAUUUAACCCAGAAUCUGGAGAAAGAGUGGCCUAUUAUAGUAUCUAUGCCAGAUGUGCAACUGGUCCAAAUGUCAAGGCCAGACUCAGUGAUUCUAAUUUUCCAGGAACUGAUGAUCGAAUUCCUGCAUCAUUGUAUGGACUGAAAGUCUGUAACCUCCAGCCCAAUGAACGCUAUCUGUUUGCUGUAGCUGCCUACACAGAUAAAGGAAAACUGAUUGGAGAUGGUAUUGGGGCUUCCACCAGGCCAUUGUUAGCAUCGCAGCCUCUCUCAAUUCUGAUGUGUUGGGCCUCCAUUAGUCAGACGGCUUAUCAAGUUGGCUGCUAUGACCUUGCAAAGCAAGCUUGUGGUGUAUUGUGGGAUUACUUUGUCACAAAACCAAAGACUCCAGAAAGUGAAACGUACAUCACAGAGAGGAAGCAGAACUUUAAGCUGACUUUAUCUAGACUUAACCAAGUUGCUGCCCAGAUGUCCUCUCCAAUUCUGUUAAGGCACUUUCUGACCAGCAUCUUUAUACAGACUGAAAUAGCCAUCAGGGAAGGUCAGCUGUACUGUGAUGUUGUGUGUGACAGAGGAGCACUAUCCCACAACCAGGUCCGCAGGCUGAAGCUGUGCCAGAACAUGCUAGUAGCUGUGGAGCUGGCCGGCUGGCUGAAUGAGCCAAGCUUGGCCUUGCAAGCAGUGGUUCAGAUCUAUGGUCUCUUGGCUCCAAUUCUUUUUCACAAGAUUCCUUCCCUGCCUGUUAUUCAGAUCUUACAAAGAUGUCAUGCAGUAUUGCAAGAGAUUCCAUCCAGUUUAAUUCAGAGGCGACAUGGCAUCAUUGGUGAUGGCUUGAACCACAUGAUAGCCUGUAUCACAUUUAGAAUGGGGAAGACUUUGAAAAGCUGGGGACAGAAUGCCUUGGCUGACAAUAUUUUAGAGGAAGGGAAACGUUUGCUGAAAAUUGAACCAGAAUCAAAAGUAGCAGAAAUCAAUAUGAGCAGCAAAAUAGAUGAGUCAUCAGCAAAAGACAAGAAGCCUGUGUCUGUGCCACUACCCAAACCAAGGGAAGACAAGAAAGAGUCUGAGAAUGAGGAGUUGAGGGCCCUGGAGGCGCACAUUCUAAGUCUUCAGAAAGCUGCUGCGUCAGAGUUUGAACUGAGUGGCAGUGAGAAUCCCAGCAUCCUUCACUCGUACAUUGCCUUCAUGCCAAGUUCUCAGGCUUAUAAAGAAGUAUUGAAAUUUAAGAAAAGAAAUCGCUACUUGGAGUUCCUGGUACAAGUCACUCAAAAAGGCUUCAGUGAAGGUUUAACAGACGAAGUUCAAAACUGGUGUGACGAUGGUCUUCAGUGGAUAAACAAGCGUAAUGAAACUUUUAUUGGACCAAGGGCGUACAUGGACAAACAGCCAGGGGCAGUAAUCGGUAUAGGUGAUGAUCCCAAAAAGUUUGCUGCUGCGAUGGUAGAAUAUGGUAAAAAGAAACAGGAAACUGGUGCUGCUGAGAAAAGUCAACUUGCCAACAAGAAAGCUCCUGCACAACCUGUUAGAAAAACAAAAUAUAAACCUCUCAAUGUACAUAGUGGAAUGAAUGAAGUAAUGAGACAGCGCCAAGAAGAAAUGGAAUUAUUAGCUUUAGAGAAACUGACGUCACUGUUCCUGGACACCUACAGAGCUUACAUUAAAUCCAAAAAGUUUAGAAACAUCUGCGCUGAGGAGCUGCCAUGGAGAAGUCAGCUCAAUCUGACUAAAGGUCUAAGUCACUUCAAUAGUUUACUGGUCAAACUGGAAAAAAGAGAAAAAAUUCUGGGACAGACUAACUCAGUUUUAUACAGAAGUGAUUUCUUAGACCCAGAGUGGUUUACCCUGGAGACUGCUGGUGUGAUCAUUAUAGACAGAGAAGGAGCUCAAAGUCAAGCUGGACUGGAUACACCUAUAUCCCGGGGAAAAUCAUUGGUAGAUUCUUCUUCUAAAAAGAAAUCAUUUGCAGCAGCAAAACUUAAAGUAACCGGCAUUGAACUAGCUGCUACAGUGGUUACUGGAGCCGAGGCCAGAUCUCCUUCACCUAUAAACUUUAUAGAAGAAACGCCCCGCACCUAUAGAUCAGACAUCUCAGAGAGGAAUAAAAGUAUUACAGUGGAGUCACUUUCAUCUAUUGACAUAGCGGAAUCCUUGAGGAAAGCAUUUAAUUGUUUUAAGAAAGCUAUGGUUCUAGCCCACAGAGGUCAGCACUGGACUUUACUCCAGAAUGCUGCCAGGUCAAUGUGGGAUUGUGCCCAAUCUGCGCUGUUAAAGAUGUACACUGCUGAUCAGACAGCUAAUGAGCCUGUAAUGCUUACCAUGAGUACUCUGAGGUCCGUCUUUUGGCAGCCAUUCUAUGUUGCAGCUGAUUACCUUCUGGACAUGAUGGUCAGUCUUCAGGAGGCCAUGGAGAAAAGAGCUGCUCGGGCCAGAAGUAAAACUAGGUCACUAGGACAAUCUUUUGAAUCUUGGGUUGGAGAUGUCAAGUCUGAGUAUGGAGGGGCUUCUCUAAAGUUUGAUCCACUUCUGGAUGAUACCAACAUUCUGGACAUGAGAUGGACAUGCAGGCUUGUGCUGAUGACUCUGGAGUUACUUUACCUGGAAGAAAAGUGGGAAAAACUAGUGGACAUUGCCAUGAGGUUCUGCGCCUUGACCAAUAACAGAUAUGCAGAACAGGUGAUUCCUUUGAUUAUUCAAGCUCAGAGACUGCUAGAAGCCAGAAUAAAUGAAGCAGGGGGCCCUAAACCACCUCAGCCCCAGUUUCAGCAGCUGCAAGCUCAAAUAGGUCAUGUAGUCCAGUUCAAGGACUAUCUAAAGUCACAGCUAAAGGUUGUCACUGACAAAUCAAAGGUGGCAUUUAUUUAUCCUGGGUCACAGAUUGACCCAAUUGGUCAUGGCACCUAUACUAAAAAUGAUGCCCUGCUUUUGUCAUGUGUGCCCCUGGACAUUGACAUCAGCCUCAAGACAUUCAGAGAGACUCUCAGCCAAUCACAUUACACGGCCCGUGCUCUGCAACACAGCCGAAAACUUCUCUGUCUCUAUCUGGCUGGUUUGCAGAAUGCACAAGAGAGUGCCAGUGGAGGGGAGACCACUCGUGUUGAUUUUAAACUGGCUCCUGGUCAGCCCCAUCCACCCAUGCCACCAGACAAAAAUAGCUGGAAUUUCUCCACCACUGAAGACAUUCUGGUAACUCCAAUUGGCAAGUCUCAACUGGGAAAUGUCAUCAGCUCCUAUGAGAAGACUAUAGAACUCUUAAAUUCCAAACAUCAGAAAAGCCUCACUGCACAAGCAAUGCAUGAAUUAGGAAAUAUUUAUUUCCAUGCCAGAAAUACCAAAGCUGCUUUCAAAUGGUGGUGCCAGGCUUUAGAUAGCAUUCUGAACAUGAAUGAUGCCCUGCACUCUUGGCGUGAUCAGCUGCAGGAUGAGAAAGACAUCAGUCGGACACUGCUGGACCGAUGUGGCCUCUGGGGCUGUGUCCUGGCUGCAGUCUUGGUGUCUAACAUUGCCCAAUAUAUUCUAACAGUUGAGCUUGGACUGAGAAUUGAAAGCUGUCUUCUCUCAGGAUAUUUGUUUAAGGCCCUGUUUCGAGCAUCACUACCACACCCAGUCUCAGACAGGGACUAUGCCAUGUACAAUGUUGGUCAAGGAUGUGAGGUGGAGCAGCUUGUGCCUGGCAUUGACUUUAUGUCGGACAGAUUCCGCUGUGAUGGACGGCAGUUGGUGGCAGCGUUGAAGUAUGUGACUGAAGAGCUUUCACGAUCACAGCACAAUCUUUUUGUACUUCCAUUGCUUACACUGUAUCAGUAUUUCACUACUUACAUCUGCCGAGACCUGCAGAGAUCUGUGGAUUGUCGUAUUCUCAGACUUCAAGUGUUGACUGAGCUUAAGUUUUUUUCAGAGGCUAUUCUUGUACUUCAGCGGCUGCUGAAUGGGGAGCGUCUGCCGCAGAAUGGUGGCACAGGUUUCAGACCAAUAGAGAAACAAGCUAGCAUCCUGAAAUUCUUAACUGACAAGCUAAUUUCUGACCCUCGUAAUUCAAAGGUUAUCGGCUUAGUGUUAGAAAUGAAACUGACACCCAGUCUUAGCAUUCUCUUUGGACCACACCUAACUUGUCAGCUAAGUUUAGCCCAUGCUCAUCUGCUCAGCACAAUAGCCAGCACACUUCCUGUCUUGCCUCAAAGUGAAGAAAUGAUUCUGUAUCAUAAGAUGGAUAAGCACUUCACUAAAACAUUCAAGUUAAGCACCUUUACAACUUCACAGUCUAACAUUAAAACAAGUCAAAAACCAGAAGAGUCUGAUGCUACUGCCCAGCAGUCACUCAUAGAUGGCAGCCUGAGUAAUGUCCUGGAAGAUUUGAAAGCCAACUUGUUGUCUGGUGCUGAACAAAUAGUCAACACACUAGCAGACAUCAUAAAAAUGAAUGCAGAGCAAGAAAAACAAGGUUUAGAGAGUAUGUCUGCUGCUGAGUUGGAGAUAGUGAUCAGAUGUAAACUGGAACAAGCUUACAUUGCCAGACAAAGACAUCAUGCACCAUUGGCAGCUCGUAGAGCUCUGAGUGCUCUUAAACUCAUACAGAAAGCAGCCAUCUUGCAACCCAGAAAGCCACAACCACCCCCACCCAGAGCUGAUCGUACAAAUACUGGGAGACCUUCAUCCAUGAAGGAUACUCAAAUAAAAAGUGCCAGGAAGUACUCAGAAGCAAAACUAAUGGAACCAGAAACUGCGAAAUUCCAAUACCAGAACCUCCAGGCAAGGUCAAGGCUAGAUGCCAGACUAUGGCUACAGUGUCGACUGGAUCUAAUUAGCAGUUUAUUGUUGGAGAUAAGAGGGAUGGGAGAAGUGAAAGAUCAGAGCAAUAAGUCUGUAUCAGACUUGGUUGACUGCAGGCAGUACUGUGUGGAGGGAAUCAGGGAAGCAGAAGUCUGUGGUGACAAGGAGUCCCAAGCACAUUUUUAUUUCUAUUCUGCCCAACUGAACAUUCUAGAAGGCAAAAGUCUGGAGCAUACAAUCUCAUUGAUUGAGAAUGCCUUAGAGCUGCUAAACCAGUUACCUCAACUCUCGACUGAAGGAAAAUUACUUCUAGUGACUUCUAUAGUUUUGAAAGCAGAUCUACAAGCUUCUACUAUGAAAAAGUCUGAGUUUCACAUUUCUACUGAAAAAAUAUUACAAGUUUAUCUUGCUGCUCAGAAAAUUAUUCUCAAAGAGAUGGAGGACCUGGGAGAAAAAGUGGAGCAUUAUUUCCCUAAAGGCCAGCUUGACCAUCACUCAAGCCCCAUUAGCCCUAUCCAGAAUAUCUAUUUUACCCACCUUCCGACUUUGUCUCAAGUCAAGCUCAGGAUCGGUCAUACUCUUACCAGGAUUGCUGUCCACAAAAUCAAGAAUGAAAAUGCAAAGGAUUCUGUCUCUUUGUGGAAUGACUGUCUUGGAGUACUUCAGACAGCUUUAGAACUUUCCCAGACCAGUGCCUGGAGGGAAGCUUCAAGUGAGGCAGAGAUACUGCUUCUGAUUGGCAGAUGUCAGAGAAUGCUUGUAUACCAGGACAAGUUCCAGGCAUCAGCUGCUGUCAAUACAUUACUAGAUGCCAUCAAAACUUCUUACUUCAAUGACCAUGACCUCGGCUUGAUAAGACAGGCUUACCUUGAGAUUGCCAUGAUCUACCUGUACAGUUCGGGCUUUAUAUCUGUCACUGAUGGCAACAUUUUGUGUAAUAAAGUUCAAAAACCUGAAAGUGUGGAUGUGAGCUCAACAAUUCCAGACAAGAAGGUGAAGAGACAACAGGAAUUUGAUGAAAAGUCCCGUAUCUCUAGUGCAAGAUCAGACAAAUCAGAGAAUGAGGACUCAGAUAACAGGAGAGGUGCCUACCUAGCUUUGCGAUGUGCUUGUAUGACGUCUGCGGCUCAGAGGGCCAGAAAUGUAUUAGUGGGAGAUUCAAGAGUGACUGUCCUUAUUUCUGACAAGGCAGACUCUGUACCAGAGUUCUUUGCCCUUGACUUGUUGAGCAGCUAUGUUCUGGGAGAAAAGAAACAAGUUUUCAAAAAUGAAAUAGAGGAAGAGUUAUCCACCAUGAUUGAAGCGCAGGAGGUCAAAGUUCAGGAAACAUAUGAAGAACAAGUAAACAGAGCGAGGGUGGAAACCAAAGAUUUAAGUUGGAUACAUUUACUAGGUUAUCAGUCUAUCUUGCAACGUUUGAUGAACACAUCAACCUGCAGUCUUUUUGAUCAGAAGAAAGAAACUAGAACUACUGGAAAUAAAAAUGAAGAGGAGACUGUGUCUGAAAAGCAGCCCAUGAACCCUUCCCAGAAUGCUUUUGGCAUAAACUACAAUGUGAUCAGAUACAUGCUGAAUUCAGGUGUGUGGUCAUUGAGACUGACACAGCUGCACAAAUGUUUGACCACAAGUCUCAGAAACUAUGCAUCUGAGUGCAGCAGUCCAUUCCCACCUGCAAAUCUGAGUCAGAUUCCCAUUGCACCGCCAGAGGUGAACUCUAAGUCCAAAUCUUACUACCUGCUGCCUGCCAGUAAAGAUGACCAUCAAAGUUACCCUAAUUCAAUAAGUUCAGCAGUGCCACUUCCCCCAACUUCAAACCUGAAUGUGUACAAGCCCCCAGACAGAGUGUCAGGCCUUGGGGUGGACAUGGAGUUGUCAGUUCAGUGGUUUUACCCCAGCAUGGUUGAGGUCAGCCCGAUCUCCUCAACUGACCAAGUGCCUCCUGAAACACAGGUCUUACUUCUCCAUGCUCUACUAAAAAAAGGAUCAUUCAGCCUGUCACCUGACCCUGGCAUUGUGUGGUUGUCACUACAGAGAGUCACUGAACUUCAUGACAAACUUGUACUGCUUGUUCAAAAAGCUGAGAUUUCAUUGGAAGAUAUUGGAAAGGAGACAACUCCAUCAGUCUCACAAGGUCAGGCCAAAACUAAGAAAUCUCAACGUGGCAAAGCUGCUUCACCAAAAGUUUCUAAGGAUGAAGAACUUGAGAAUCUGCUAAAGGAGUGUGUCUUUGAUAUCUAUCAGUUGUUCACUAAAAGUCCAAAUGAUGAAGUGCCACAAGAGAUACCAUUUGAAGUAAGCAAAGCUAACAUCAAGGCACUGGAGAGUAUAUUUGACCUCAGUUUGGGAAUGACCAUUAAAGCUUCUGACCUCCUUCUCUGGCUAACAAGUCUCUUACGGCAGUCAUAGAUUUAAUGAGAGGUAAAAAAUACAACAGCAGAUAUUAUUUGAGCAGAAUGGCUAUAAAUAUUUCUGGUUUCUAGAGGCUAUACAGAUGACAUUAAAAGAAUUAAUAAUAAACAUAAAGAUGCGAUUAGGAUUAUUGGUGUAUGAAAUCAUUUUCUUACAAAUUUAUAUUUUGAUCUAAAGAAAAGAUGGUGUUUUUAUUUUAAAUUCACACACCGACUUAGGCUGUGUUAUAAAUCUGUUAUUACUAGAACAUUUCAUUACAACAAAACUCAUUUUAAAUGAUUUGUGAUAGUAUUUUGUACUAAUGUGUUCUGAAUGCUAGAAAUAGUUUCUGUGAUAUGAUGUCCAAUUUAUUUUUCUAUGAGAUUCUUUUUGCAAGAGCAGGAAUGUUAAUGAUUAUAUUGCAUUCAAUGAAAUAAACAUUCAUCCUCAUCCAUUUUUUUUUUAUAAAAGUUUUAUUUUAUUUAUUAAAAAGAAUUUGUUUCAAUUAUUUCUACACUGCACUAUAAAAUUGUGAAAAAUAAUUUAACAAUUUAAGUUAUGAUAACUCGAGUUAUAUAUUAUUUUAAUACAGUUAUAAAAUAAAGUCUAUAUUUAAAAAACAAAGGUAUUAAAAAAAUAUAUGAAACAUUAAAAUUUAUUUUUAAUUAGUUUUACUAAGGAAACGAGGGAAAAAAUUGUGUGUGGGGGGGGGGGGAGUAAUGUUAUUGAAUUAUAUAAGAAAAUAAAACUAAGCACAUAUAAAUAUUUUCAAAUGAAAUCUAUGUUCAGCUGAUUAUUUUGGAUUUUAUUUUUUUAGGAUGUUGUUUGUUAUAGCACUUGUAAAAUGUUAAAAUUGAUGACUGUAAUGCAAUCAACAUAUCAAAGGAAUAAUCUACUUCCAUCCACUAUGCCAAUACUUUAUUCUGUGAUUGCAUUCUUCAAUGUUAAUCUAAGAUUUGAACAUAUUUAUUAAUUUGAAUUGCAUUGCAUUGAAUUUUAUGUUUCGGCCUUGAAUUAUGACAAUUUGAGACAUUUACCUUGUUAUUACUUUGUUUGAAAAUGUGUAAUGUUGACUUUGUAAACCAAAUUUUUAUUUGGUUUGGACUAAAAUAUAUCUAGAAAUAAAAUUCAAAUUGCUUCAAUGUCUAUUGAAAUACAAUAAAUAUAAAACAAAACAGA